AUGACAACGAUCAAGGUCAGCCUCACAAGGGUCAGGCUCCUCCGACGAGUGACAUCCAAUCAUGUGCACCAAGCUGGCGAAGACGCAGUCGUUGGUGACACAGCUGCAGGGACUGCUACCUACUGCCAAGUUCUUGAUCAGCUCUCGAUGACGAUGCAUGUGCCGUGGGGUCAGCGGAUGCAAGGGGAAGAGGAUUCCCUCAAUGGAGAGUGGGCAUCUCCAGACAGAGCUGGUCCACAAACACCGGAUCCUGGUGAAGCCGAAGAUUGCGUCACAUUGGCCUUGGAGAUGCUGUUAGAGGUGAAAGCCUUUCAGGAGGCUGUGAAGCUCUAUUUGGAUUGGAAUCGGGAAGUGCAAAUUCCCAUCUCCUCGCGCGUGGAGAUGUUGAAGAUCUUGGGGACUUAUGGCAACUUCCAACCGGCCGCGAAUCAUGUGCGAGAGCUCUUGGAAGCAGAGGAUAUCGACGCCACGGAGGCGGCCGAGCUGUUCGACGGGAUUCUCUUUGGCAUCGUUCAAGCACAUCAUCCCCUUUCAUCUUCCAGGGCGGAUGUGCUGAUUAAAGAGAUGUUGGACAUUGGCCUUCAACCAACAGAUGAGACGAUGCGGCUGAUCGUCGAGGCGAAGACGCUCUUUGCAGCACCGGGCUUUCUGAUUGAUCUGGGGCAAAGUGUUUUGGAGGUCAUCCGACGCUGCGACACCGUGCUGAAGAGUAGCAGCCUGCUAGCUAUCAGCGGUGCUCACUUGCGCACCGGUGAUCUUGAUGCAGCGUAUCGAUGGUUCCUGGCCAGUCAGCUAAUGACAGAUCGACAGACUUUGAAUGAUGGGCCCACCUUGGAAUUGGUUUCCCAGUUGGCUCGUGCCUUGGCCAUAGGAGGCCGUGCCUGCCAACUGAAGCGGCUCUUGGAGCGGCUGAAGGAGGACGGUCGUUCCAAGCUUCCCUUGAAUGCCGCUGCUGUCUCCCUUUCGGGCUACACCUGUGGCCGAAGCAUGGCCACCUGUUGGCUGGAGCCAGCCGCCGAGGUGCUUCGUCGCCGCGGCCUUUGGUCCUCCAGCCCCGCGCAACGCCAAGGCGCCGGCGCCGCGCGGGUGACCUGCUCCGAGCAGUGGGACUGGCAGCAGCAGGAGACGUCGCGGCAGGAGAUGUACCAAUGGCUCGUGCGACAAUGA